AGCAGCCGCAGCAUGAAGAAUCCGGAGGAGGAACAUGGGGGAGGAAACAAAGAGGAGUGCUUAUUUAAAGGGUGUGUUCCUCACCAUGGUUUGUAAGAGCUGUGGGAAGCUUCAGGAUUUGGUGUUUUAUGCUGAGAGCAGCGAGGUGCUGAAGGUCAAAGCAGGGUCACUGUGAGCGUUUUUCUCACAGGUGUGUUGAGAUGCAGCGUCACAGCAGCAACAGCAGCUUGACUCAGCAGCUGGGAGAAAGAUGGCUGACCUUGAUGAACCGCCUUCAAGAGGAUCCCAAGAUGGCACAGGUGAUGAGUACAAAGGCCGGGCAGUACCUCCGCCGUCGGCCUUUCUUAGCUCUCGCUCUGCUGCUGUUCAGCGCCAUGGCUGCUCUACCUGUUGGGCUCUUCCUCUUGUUUGCCCUCAUUACGAUAGUUAUGUCGGUUGUGGGGUUUGUUUUCUUUGAGGUGUUUCUGCUGUUUGUUGGAGGAAUGACUCUGCUGUCUGUGCUCUCCGGCAUCGCCCUCUUCUCCCUGGUGGUCUCGAUCAUCGUUACCGGUGUGUUCGUCACCAUUCCCAACUUGCUGAGGAAUUUCUACCCUCAUGUGACAAAGAAGAAGUAGAGUGAAGAAGAGACUCCAGGACUGAAGCAGCAGUAGGGAAAUGUCCCCGUCUUCUCUCUGCCUGGCGUUUUGGCGCCGCUCAACAGAAGAUGCUCAGGAUCUGAGCUGCUAAGCUUAAAACCUCUGCCAAGGUCUCUUCUUUAUGAACACCAAGUGUCCUUGCUGCAUCAGUGAAAGGAGUGUGAAGUUUUAUUUGUUUACAGUGCAAUAUAUGUAUGAGUGUCUAUACUGCUCACUUCUCCCAUUCGGGUUUAAGAGCUGAUCUCUGUUGAACAGGUCAAACCUUCAUCCUGUUUCAGGACAGUGAUGCAACUAUAGCAGCACAUUUCCUCCAAAUGUGUUCUAGGUCCAUUUUUAGUUACAAAAAGUAUAUUAUAUUUAUAUAGUUUGUUAAAUAAUAAUAUUACACAGUAAAAAGCAUAUCAGACCACUAGUCUCCUUCAUGGUCAUUUUAAUCAUUUCUAGGAAUCUAAUAUUCCUUUUUCUUACAAGAAAUCCCAGGGGCAAAUGUUGUGGUAUUAAUAGCCGAGACCGUACUUAAACUAACCGGAGCAUUAAGCAUUUAGUCAUCCUCAUGUGAGCUGAUGUUUGAUGCAGGAGGAGGAGAGAUUGUAACCCAGACUUUAUGUUUUAUGUGCCGUCUCCUGCCAAAAUUUCUACGUUUAUGUUAAGAAUUGCUUCGAGGUUUUGUUUGUUUGCAUCAUAUUUAUCAUCCAAGUUAUUAAUUUUGUUCUCAAUGCAUUAACGCUAUAAUAAAGUAAAAGUAUUUUUAUCUUGCAUUCUUUCAAUCGUAAUUCUAUAGGUUUUUAAAUGAAAUGCACACAUGGAAAAACUAUUUUCUGACAAUAAGAGCUCAGUUUUAGAAAAAAAUUGUUUAUUCUAGUGCUUCAGGGAACCAAUGCAAAACACUUGAUGCUGACGAUUAAAGAGAGUUUUUUUCUUAUUGUAUAAUUUGUACUUGAAGUGUGACUAAAGUGUCAAAACAUUAAGACUGCCUGCCAUGUAUGUGGCGCGUUUGCUUUCAGCAUUAUGUGGGAUAAAAGCCAAGAUUUUCUGGCAGAAAGUUGCUUUAUCAUACGAUCAAUUAUCAUGAACAGAUGGAAAAAAAAAUGAUUCACCGAUUUCAAUCUCUAUUAACACGUUCACUGAAUUCUGUGCUCCUCAUUUAAUUAUCAUGAACUUCAGACUAAGCUGCUUUUUCUAAAGGUUUGUUCAAAAACACUGCUUGUUGUGCUUUGAAGUACAGUUUUGUAAAAUCUGUUUUAAGACAUUUUGUGUAUAAUUAACAUAUUUUGCUUUCUUUCUUCAUUUGCGUUUUCCACAUAUUGGGAAGAAAUAAAUGGAUUUUGUUUAAAA